ACUAUUUCCUGCUCAGAUCCACACCCAGUGCGGAACUUAGAGCCGCUCCCAGGAUCCGGCUUCAUCUCAUUCCCUGUUUCGGAUCCCUGCAGAUCCUGAUCCAGUCGAUCCCGGAUUCCCCAAUGUCUGCUGGAGGCUCACAGCCGGAGGAAAGGCUCCUGGAGCGCCGGUAUUCCGAGCUCUUCUCGCAGCUCGAUGUGAACCGGGACGGCCGCGUCGAUGUGUCCGAGAUCCGGGCAGCUCUUCAGGCUCGGGGCCUCCACCUGGCGCCCGAGGCCCAGCAGAAAAUAUUUCGUUCUGCGGGCAGAGAAAAUAACGAGCAACUGGACUUUGCAGACUUUAGUGACUAUCUCCGAAACCAUGAGAAGAAACUUAAACUGGCCUUCAAGAGUUUGGAUAAAAAUAAUGAUGGGAAGAUUGAUGCUGCUGAGAUUGUUGAGUCUCUUAAGUCACUGGGAAUGAAUAUCAAUCUUAAAAAAGCAGAAAAGAUUCUUCAAAGUAUGGACGAGGACAGGACAAUGACAGUAGACUGGAAUGAAUGGCGAGAUCAUUUCCUGUUCAAUCCAGCAACCAACAUCCAAGAAAUCGUCCAUUACUGGAAGCACUCAACGGUUUUGGACAUUGGGGACAGUUUAACCAUUCCUGAUGAAUUUACAGAAGAGGAGAAGAAGUCAGGCAUGUGGUGGAAGCAGCUGCUGUCUGGGGCAAUGGCUGGUGCCGUGUCUCGUACUGGCACUGCCCCUCUUGAUCGUCUCAAAGUUCUAAUGCAGGUCCAUUCUUCCAAAUCAAACCAAAUGAAUAUAUACGAUGGAUUCAAACAGAUGCUUAAAGAGGGAGGCGUGGCAUCUUUGUGGCGAGGAAAUGGGAUGAACGUGGUGAAAAUAGCACCAGAAACAGCCAUCAAAUUCAUGGCUUAUGAGCAGUAUAAGAAUCUGUUUGCAAAGGACAAGCAAAACAUCACAACCUCUGAGAGAUUUCUCGCAGGAUCACUGGCUGGGGCAACUGCACAAACCAGUAUUUAUCCAAUGGAGGUGCUGAAGACCAGAAUGGCUCUGCGAAAGACUGGACAAUAUUCGGGGGUAGGAGACUGCAUCAAGAAGAUUAUGAAGAGGGAGGGGUUGAUUGCAUUUUACAAAGGUUAUAUUCCAAACAUUUUGGGCAUUAUCCCCUAUGCUGGCAUUGACCUUGCUAUCUAUGAGACAUUAAAGAAAACUUGGUUAAAUAAAUAUGCCAAGGAAUCUGCUGAUCCUGGAGUGUUAGUCCUGUUAGCUUGUGGCACCGUAUCCAGUUCCUGCGGACAGCUAGCCAGUUAUCCACUAGCCCUGAUCAGGACCCGGAUGCAAGCACAAGCUUCAUUGGAGGGAUCACAACAGCUCAAUAUGAUGGGUCUAUUUCGAAAGAUUGUGGCUAAAGAGGGUCCCUUGGGCCUCUACAGGGGUCUGGCCCCAAACUUCUUGAAGGUGAUCCCUGCUGUAAGCAUCAGCUAUGUUGUGUAUGAACACAUGAAGACUGCUCUGGGCAUCCAGUCCAGCUAAUAGUCGCUACAUCACUCCAUAGCAAAUUCCAUUCGAAACUUCAGACACAGACUGGCGAAAAACGGUUCCCAGACCUCAGCCCAGAUGCCAUUCUCCUCAUUCAGGACAGAAACUAGAAAACAUUUCUUCACAUAAAAAAUGCCAGAAAUGUGGAACUCUCCCGCAAAACAGUAACAGAUGCUGGGCUGAAUUCAUCAUUUUAAAUACAAGGGCAUGGUUUUUUUUUUAAUUAGCCAAGGGCAAUAAGGAACAUGGAGCCAAAAUAGGCAAAUGCAGUUAGAAUACAGAUCAACAAUGAAUUCUAUGACAGAGAUGAUUUGAGGGGCUGAAUGGUCACCUGUUCUUGUGUUCAAGGCUAAGUGAAAUGUAGGGAUUGCAGAACCUAAUUCUUGAAACACAGUAUUUAAAAAAGUGCCUAUGUGUCUAACAUUAGAGCGGAACUGUGAGCCUGGACUCUAACAGAAAAACCUCACAAUGAGCCUCACUGUGGGCCUUGACCUCAGCGCUGUUGAAAUGUACAUUCUAAGAUACAAUCCUGCCAAGUUAUUCCAUCGUGUUCACAAGUCCGCAGUUGAUUUGGCUGUGCUUUUAGAUCUGAGUGGCAUCACCUUAAUCCGGAGUUAGUCAAAGAAUUGACAUUUCAAGAUGACAUGCACUUUUUUAAAAACUCACCAUCCACAGUCUGGUGGAAUAUUUACCAAAUCAUUCAGUGUCUGGGAAUAAAAUUAACUACAUUUUCUUACCUUUGCUUUUAUUGUGCAAGUUAUAAUCAGCUUUUGCUUCUGGAAAACAAACUCCAAGUCCAAAUUAUUUGUAACUAUAUUUUCUCUUCUGUCUGGGUGAUGUGCCUCUCUAAUGCAUCAAGUUACCUAAAGUGAUUUAAACCAGUGACAAUGAAGGGAGAAGCAUGAUAUUAUUUUCCACACUGGGUUUUGCUUUGAAUAUGACUCAUGCCAUGCUGAGUCUUAAAUGUAUACCCCUGUCUUUGUUCUAAUUUGAGAAAAGCUUUGAGUUAAAAAGAUUUUGUGUAUUGAGCAAUUUUGAAUUAGGUUGAUGUCAGCUCCUGUGCUUUUAUACUUUGUUACACUUUGUUGCAUGGAUUCUUUUAAAAUCAAUAAAUUGCCUGAUUAU